AUGCACAAGAUUCGUCAACGUCUGAACCGCGUCAAACAAUGCGAAAUAUCCCAUAAUUGCAUAUCCAUUUUCUUAGUUACAAUAUCAAACUUACGAUUUCAUCUGUCCAACACUAAUUCCACCUACUCGAUCACUUCUUUUAAGAUGGAAGACCACCUAAUUUCGCGUGUUGAUCAGCUCAGUGAUGCUGCUAAUCUGCCGACUGAUACAACGGAAUACGAGGCAUCCGGUGAGAAAGAGCCAUUGAUUCCGUCAACUGAAUGCCGCAUCUGCCAGGAGGAAGAUAGCAUCAAAAACCUAGAAGUUCCUUGCGCUUGCAGCGGCAGCCUCAAGUUUGCGCAUAGAAAAUGUGUUCAGCGAUGGUGCAAUGAAAAACGAGAUAUCAUCUGUGAAAUCUGUCAUCAGCCUUACAAAUCUGGUUAUUCUGCUCCUACACCUCAAUCACAAGACACCGUUAUUGAUAUCAGCGGAAGUUGGACUAUUGCUGGUUCACCUGUAGACUUGAAUGAUCCUCGAGUUUUGCCUAUGGCAGCUGAGAAUAAUUAUGAUGAAUAUGAAGAAAACAGUACCAGUGCAGCUUCUUUUUGUCGCUCAUCUGCUAUCAUAUUGAUGGGUCUUUUGCUGUUGAGGCAUGCUCUCACAAUCGGAUAUGGUGGUAGUGAUGAUGAUGAUGAUGUUGAUGAUCCUUCUGCCUUUUUUGCUCUGUUUGUGCUUCGGGCAGCUGGGUUUCUUCUUCCUUGCUACAUAAUGAUUUGGGCAAUCAGUAUAUUGCAGCACCGUAGGCAAUCCCAGGAAAGGGAAGCACUGGCAGCAGCUGACGUGGCAUUCAUGAUUCAUUCAGGGCAACAUAGAGGGUUGCAAGUCACCAUUGCACCAGGACCUGCCAUGUCACCGACACCUGUCAUACCAGUGCCCAAUUACCCAUAG